UACACUUAACUAACAAACACAAGUUAAGCAAAAUUUAGAUUGCAACGAAGAAAUGGCUCAAGUGGCUUUUUUAGACAACCUGCUGAGAGAAUACCUGGUUUUCCGCGGAUUCUCUAGCACUCUGAAGGCCCUCGACUUGGAGCAGCGCACGGAGAAGGACCAGCACUUCAGGGCGGAACGGAUUCUGGAGCAGUUUAACAACGCCAUACAAUCCUACGACUUGCAGGCCCUUCGUAGUCUAUGGCUUCACCUGGAUAACAAUCUGUUUUCCAAGCUGGAGCACACAUACGCCGUUGCUGUGAAGAAGCUAGAAAACAGUCUCCUGAAGUACUACCUGGUGACGGCCUACAGCAAUAACCGAGCAGACAAGGUGUCGGAGUUCUUCAACAAGAUGGCAGGCGAGCUGCAGCAGCAGAGCGAGUGGAAGGAUUGGUUCUACUUUCCCUUCUGCCGAAAUGCGGAGGAGUCGCCCACCUUCGCUCUGUUCUUCACGAAGCAAUGGCAGGAUACUUUACUUCUCUCCCUGCGCAACUUUCUGACCACUGUCUACCAGUGCCUGCCGCAGCCCACGUUUGUUCGAGCGGAGCAGGAAGCAGCCCUUAUGCAGCGGCUCAGCGACGACAACACCGGCCUGCGCACCCGCCUCCUUCAAAUGCAGCAGGAGCUGCACCAAUUGACCCAACAGCAGCAGCAGGUGGGAACAGCAGCAACCGGCGGUGGUUCGCUCGGUGGUGAUGGCUCUUCACGCCGACGCAGCGUGUAUCGUCCCCAGCAGAGCCUUAGUGACAUUUUGCCCUUCGAUAUCAGUCCACCAGGUCACAUCGUAGACGAUUUCUGCAUCAUAGCCUCCGAGGCGAAUAGUGUGAGCCAGGCCAGCGAUGCUCAGGCUCGUGGACUCAAGCUGCUUAUUCGAAAUAUAGGAUCUGGAAGCUCGCCCGUAUUGUCACGCAAGGAUCAGGCUGCUAGUUCCCUGGGCGACAAGUCCACCAAACGGAGGUCUGGUAGUGUUGGACGUAGCUGGAUCUAAGUAUAAUUUUCAGUUUCGCAGGGGUAACCCGAAAGCGAAUAUGGAUUGUGAAUAUUAUUUUCAUUACAUUCUGGACUUUAUUGGCUUUGAAUUUGUUCGAAACCAAAAGGCUGAAAUAUGUAAAUUACCAAAUAGGUAUGGAACAUCAUUGUAUGUCAAGGAAUUUUUUAGCCCAAAAAGCAAUAUACCCAACAUUCCUUCAUAAUAAAUGGUCAAAUAGCUUGUAAAUCAAA